AAACAAGAAAAAGGAACAGAAGCUGCUCUCUUGUCCAAAGGCUCAGCCAUCUCUUUCUCUUUCCCCCAACAUCUGUCUGCUAAAAAUGCAUUAAACCCUCGAAGACUCCUCUUUGAAACAACUCAAACCUGAGCUUUCUUCUCCUUCUUCUUCUUUUUUUUUUUUUUGGUUUUUCAGUGAAGUUCUUUUUUUUUUUUCUACUUUUCUUCUCGCAAACCCCAUGACCCUUUGUUCCUCCUGCUUUAAUCCUCAAGAAAAAUGCCUGCUUUCAGAUCUCACCACGGGGACUUGCCGUACUCCGGCGAAAUCGGCGCCGCUGGAGACUUCUCUGACAUCGAUUCCUUGUCGGAUUUGGACCUGGAGAGCGGCGGCGUAUCGCCAGUAAAGCUGCAUUCAAGUGGUAAGAAGAAGAGGAGGAGGAAAAAGAAGAGCAAAGGCGGGAGAGAUUGCAGGAUCUGUCAUCUGUCUCUGGGGGAUAGCAAUGGAUGUAGUGAAGAAGUUGAUGACGGGGAAGAGGAAGAAGAAGAGGAAGAAGAUGAAGAGGAAGAAGGAGAAGAAGAGUGCUAUGGGUUGCCUUUACAGUUGGGUUGCGCUUGCAAAGGUGAUUUGGGUAUUGCUCACAGGAAGUGUGCUGAAACUUGGUUCAAGAUCAAAGGAAACUUAACAUGCGAGAUAUGCGGUGAAAUGGCUCUAAACAUGGCUGGUGAACAGUCGAACCAGGGGGACUCGGCCAUUUCUGAUGCACAAACAGGAGUCGGAGCACAGCCUCUGAUUCAGACGGAGUCGCAGGGAAUCUGGCAUGGUCGCCGUGUUAUGAACUUCUUACUUGCGGGUAUGGUCUUCGCCUUCAUAGUCUCUUGGCUUUUCCACUUCAAAGUCCUUAGGUGAACCGAUUUUUGUUCAUUGGAUUGUCCAGCUUCAAUGUUACGGCAACCCCGAACGUUCACAUGUUUUGUCACUGUAAAACUGGUACCCUUUUGUGAGCUCACAUCUUGUAUAAUAUCUGCUCUGUCCUGUUGUCAAUGAAGAUUACAUCUGUCUGUCUCUUG